AUGGGAAAGCCUCUAAAGGACUACAAUGAUAUAAUGGCAGCGUGUAGGACCCGGCUGGUCACCAACACUACCACCGCAGAAUUCGGCGACAAGACAUUCAAAUUCUUUCCGUUGACAACCAUUCGGGAAGUUGCUUCUGCAAGCAGCGUCAGUGGUAUUUUCCACUUCUCCGGGCUUGACACCAACGCGGUGUACGAACUGAAGAACAGGAUCCGGUCAGGCGGUGAGCGUUUGUUUGCUCUCGCUAUCUACUGCGGUCUCUCGCCACCUGACAUGGUUUUCGUCUUGACAAACUACAAUGAUGAUGCCCUUCCCUUCUCGCCAGACGACUGGCUUGGAACGACCGAAGAACAAUCAGACGCAGUCUACAGUACUCUUUGCGACGCGCAAUAUCUCUUUGUUGUGCAUGAGCUUCAUGACUCUCAAUACAGGGCCAAUCUCACGGGUUGUGCCAUUCCGAUUGAAUACAACAGCGCUGUCAAACCCGAUAUUGGCGAGGGAUCCGGAGGGAAAGUCUACAAAGCCAGAAUUCACAACAGCUGUGCUCCCUUUCUACGGGAGGCUCCGGGCCCCAAUGACUUGUCUAGAUACGUUGCACUCAAAGUCAGCAAAUUUCGGCAAGAUGCUGAGCGGGAAUGCGAUUUCCUCGAGACUUUGGCCCGUUCUCCAGGCUCACACGAGCACAUCACUACGUUCUACACUGGUUUCGUAUUCGAGGAGAAGAUAUAUCUCGUCGCGGAGCUAGCGGUUGGUAAUUUGGACGAGUUUAUGGCGAAGUUCCCUGAACGCCGGGCUGUGAAAGAUCUGGAUCGUGAGUAG